AUGUUCAAGUCCACCAUCCUCAGCCUCGGCGCCGUCGUCCUCCUGGCCGGCCAGGCCGCCGCCUUUGACACCUGCCAGCCCGGCAGAAUCUACUGCGGAUAUGAGUUAAUCGACGGGCAGUCCCAGCCUGACCGCACUCUGUGGAUCGGGCGCGUCAACGCGGCCCUGAUCGAGGCCAAGCAGGAGCCCAUCACCGACGACAAGCAGAAGCAGUCGCGCUUCCGGUGCGGCCCCCGCGGCAUCACCCUGGCGUGGGUCAACUUCUGCCUCAGCACCCCGGGAGCCCAGUGCCAGCCCCGCGACCAGCAGGCCUGCAACGGCGUAGACUCCUGCUGCCUUCCGGUUUAG